UCUUACUACACUACUCUCUACUAGAGACAUCAUCAAACUUUUGUUUUGAGAGCUUGUAAUAAGCUACAAUGGCCAUGCUUUUCUUGCCGAAUCGAUCCUCGGCGACUCUUCUUCUCGCCAUAACUCUUCUCGCAUUUGCUCGAUUCACUCCCCGGGCCGAGGCACGGGCUUUUUUCGUGUUCGGUGACUCUCUUGUCGACAAUGGGAACAAUAAUUAUCUCAUCACUAGUGCUCGCGCCGACAACCCUCCUUAUGGGAUCGACUAUCCAACUCAUCGCCCCACCGGAAGAUUCUCUAACGGCCUUAAUAUCCCCGACAUCAUAAGCGAGCAUAUGGGAACAGAACCUACACAGCCAUAUUUAAGCCCUAUGUUGAAAGGGCAAAAGCUUCUUGUCGGGGCUAAUUUUGCUUCAGCUGGAGUUGGAAUUCUCAAUGAUACUGGAAUUCAAUUCGCGAAUAUUAUUCGGAUCGGGCAGCAGCUCGAAUACUUUGAACAGUAUCAGCAUCGCGUAACGAGCCUUAUAGGCGCCGAGCAAACUAAGGCCUUGGUAAAUCAAGCCUUGGUGCUCAUUACACUAGGAGGAAACGAUUUCGUCAACAAUUAUUAUUUGGUGCCGUUUUCUGCAAGAUCGCGACAAUUUGCUCUCCCGGAUUAUGUUCCCUAUCUCAUUUCUGAGUAUCGAAAGAUAUUGAGGAAAUUAUAUGACUUAGGAGCAAGAAGAGUCCUAGUGACCGGAACCGGCCCAAUGGGCUGUGUCCCGGCCGAGUUGGCCCAACGUAGCCGGACAGGCGAGUGUGAUGUGGAGUUGACCCGCGCGGCCCGACUAUUCAACCCACAACUAACCGAUAUGUUGAGUAGCCUCAACCAAGAAGUCGGGGGCCAUAUCUUUGUCGCGGCCAACACAUAUUCGAUGCACAUGGACUUUGUUUCGACUCCUCAAGCCUAUGGGUUUAUUACAUCGAAGAUAGCAUGUUGCGGACAAGGUCCUUACAAUGGGAUCGGGCUUUGCACGCCGGCCUCCAACUUGUGUCCGAAUCGAAAUUUGUAUGCAUUUUGGGAUCCGUUCCACCCGUCGGAAAGGGCCAAUAGGAUUAUAGUCCAACAUAUCAUGACUGGGGACGAUAAGUUCAUGAACCCUAUGAAUCUUAGCACAAUUUUGGCUAUGGAUUCUAGGGUUUAAAAGUCUGGUCGGUUUUCUUUAUGCACGUAAUAAUUAUUUCAAGAAUUGUGUUUUUAUGAUGUUUUAUGUUUGUGUGUGUUUCUUGAUGUUGUCGUGGUUGAAUAAUUAGUGGAAGUUUUGUGAAGAGAUUGAUGUUGAAAAAUAUGUCAAUUGUGUUAUUGUAUUUUAGGUUGUUUUUUUGUUGAUCCCGAAAAAACUGUGAGAGUAUU